GAAAGUAUUCAAAUUUAUUUAUUUCAAUUUUAUUUAUGCUGAAGUGUUCAUUUGAUAUGUAUGUUUUUCAACAUUCCUUACUAUUUAUUAAAAAUACCUUUAUUUUCUCUUUUCAUUUUGUACAACAGUUGCAAACACUCCAGUCAGCACGAGUGGUCCUUCUAAGAGCACUGCCACUAUGCCCGUCGCCACUCAGGCUGAGCCACAGCUUGUGCCACUGGAGAACCCUGCCUCACCUUCGUCACCUGCGUCACAUGACCCCACACCCGAAGUUCUGGUGCGAGAGGAGCCUGUGGAGGAGCAGAAAGAGGCUGAUGGUCAUGCCAAGGGCAAGGGCAAGAAGCCGAGAAAGCCAAGAGGUCCCAAGAAGGAGUGGAAGUUGCCACCUGACACAGAACAGGAUCUGGUUGAGUGGAUGCGAGACAGAAGUUACUUGUGGAUGCGCAGUCAACGUGACUACAAGAAAAAGACAGAAGCCUGGGAAGCUAAAGCAAAAGAAAUUGGUAUCUCGACUGACUACCUCGGGCACUGGUGGAAGAACUUGAAGGACUGGUACGUCAGGCUGAUCAAGGUUGCCAGUGGCCAGGAGCGCAAGCUUCUCACCGACAGGGACAAGUGGGUGCUGAAUAAUAUUUCCUUCUACAAAGCUGCCAUACCUGAUGAAGAAUCUGACACUGUCAUGCAGAUCCGACGUACUGCUGCUGCUGGCUCUACUACUGGUUCUGCCGCUGGUUCUGCCUCCACGUCCACAGCAAGACCCCCUCUGCUAUCCUUGGAUGACCCAGCUGAGACGGAGAGACAGUCAGGCAAUGUGCUCGAAGACCUCGAGAGGGAGGCAGCAGAGCUCGGAUCAGUCAACUCUAGUUUCCAGCACAGGAAGAGGAGGAGGAAGGAGGACGAGGCGGAGAGCUGGAUGCCCGAACUUCGUAAAAAUCUUCAGACCAACCAAACACUCCUUGCAAAGCUGAUGGAAAAAAUGCUCGAGGACAAGGAGAGGGAGAAGAGCCAGCGUGAACCCUUCAUAAGCUAUGUCACCCAGACUCUCAGGUCUUGCAGUCUUCAAGACUUCAACAAUGUCAAAGAGCUCAUAUCGGAUAUACUGAAACAGAUAAAGGCUCAAUCUGAAAGACCCUCAGCUUCCACUUCGGCUCCUCCAACUUGCACAGCCGCCUCCUUUGGGCAGUAUCAUCAGUACCAUCAACAGUACCCUCAGCAUCAGCAGUACUUCCAGACACAGCCCAACUAUUAUGCCUGGCAGCAUGGUGUAGGGGGAGGAGGGGGAGGAUACCAACAGCAGCAGCAGUACCCUGGGCAGCAAGAGCUUCAACAACCCAACCUCAGUACUCCUCGUCAACACACAGCAUCUUCAGAAUCGAUGUCCAGAGCACAGAGCACUGCCCUAGGUGGGGAUUGGUCGUUCAACAUGGAGCAGAGCAACUUCGGCCGUGUUUCACAAGACAGUAUGAACACCCCACCAUUCUCGACAGUGUCACCAGCAACUCACCGACCUCCCAUUCUGGCAUCUGCAGCUUUGGGUGCACCACCAUCCUUGUCAACACCACCAGCCGUGGAACCAACAGCAGUUGAGAGUGACACUCAGUCUGUGGCUACUCAGGGAACUCGUGACAGUUACAGUGAGGAUGAGGAUGCAUGAAGGUUUCAUGUUACACUGACAGUUGUAUUUUGUUGUGUUGGGAUGUGGUGCAUGGUGCUACAGUGACAUUCCUUGAACUGAUGUAUUUUGUAUUUUGUUUUUGCCAUAGCAUGGAUUGCUAGCAGUGACUUUCUUUUAUUUCACUUGUUAUACACGUGAUACGUGAUAAUAAAAUUGUUGAACUGUUACUAAUUGUUUUUCGUGAAUAAAUUGAACUUUGUGAAAUGGUUUAAGAAAUGAAAUUAAAAUUUGUCGAGUUUACGGCGUGAUGAACGUCGGGGAAAAGUGCACUUAUUUGUAUAACGCACGCCGUAAACUCGACAAAUUUAAUUUCAUUUCUUGUAAUUACAACUCAACAAAUUUCAUUUGAUUUUAUCGAUUUAUAGCGAACAAAACUAGUAAAAUUACUCCGUAGAAAAGUAGUCCGUUUGCAAAACCUUGUUCAUCGCCCAAUGAACUUGGAUUGUAUGUUGCAUCUCAGUCAAUCAGAAAAUAGUAUUUGCACCAUGUGACUUAGAAGUUGUAAUUAUAAUAAAAUGAAAGUGGGAGAAUAUUGCAACAAAAAUGUAUUUCAAAUGUCAAAAAUAAAAGUUGAAUAAAUACUUUAUGUAACUUC